CGUAAAAACCCACAAUCGUCAAUCAGCACGCAGCACUUACAACACUUACUUACUAUCACUGACAAACAACACAAAUACACACUUGGGUGAGGAGGCCGACUGGAAAAUAUGCAAGUUGUGUAAACAGGAGUGAGAACUGCUGAAGUUCCGAGACGUCCAUUGUUUUCAUGAAACGAAGACACACAGGACGACAGCCGACGUUUAAGGACCCCUUUAAAGAACUCUGGCCUUUAUGUAAACACACAAGCGGUCAUACGGCGGACUCAGUCCACAUCAAAAGGAAGACAAAAUGGCUUCCUGCAUGCCAAGAGAGACUCCUCAAAGUGGUCUGAUGAACAGGAGCAGCAGCUUCUUCAAGCUGAUUGAUGCAUUUGCACUGGAGAUAGGGGAGUUGAAGAAGGAGAUGGUGCCCACCUCUCCAACUUUGGACCAGGACCCAUUGGACGUUGAAGGACCGGAGAGCGAGGUGAGAGGCAUUUACCUGAAGUCUCCCAAAUGUGGCAGGGCGAGGUGUGAAAGGGAUUUUGGGUAUGACUCACUAUGGAGGAGGAUGAGCGUGUUGGACAGACUGAGUGAAACCCACCCAGUUUGGCUGCUGCGUGCAACCAGUGAAGAAGAGGCCACAAACAUCCUGCUCAAACAGCCACCCGGGGUAUUCCUGGUCAGGAAGUCCAUGACUCUGCAGAAGAAGGUCCUUUCUGUGUGUCUGAACGAGGAUCAGUCGGGACGUUCCAUCAGCCACUUCUCUGUCAAAGAACGCCAGUAUACGUUUUCCCUUGAUGGAUCUGGGCUCAGUUUUGCAGAUAUUUUCCGCCUGGUGGCCUUCUACUGUAUAAGCAGGGAUGUCUUGCCCUUCCCGCUCAAACUCCCAGAGGCCAUUGCAUCAGCCAAGACGCAGAAAGACCUGGAGGAGGUGGCUCAGCUUGGACCAGGUUUUUGGGACUCAGCCCUCAGCAGCCAGCAACACCCCCCCCACCCUCCCUAUCGCCCUCUGAGUCGAACCCUCAGCCCCCAAAGGACAAGCAGGAAUAGUGAGUACAAGGGGUCGCAGCAGAGCCACUGUGAAAGUGCACCGCCAACAUUGCGCCCCCACGCGCCCUCCACGGCACACGAGGGAAGGCAUUCCGGUGGUCCGCUCUGCUUUGUACAUCCACUUUUUCUCCAGACUCGACAGCACCCCCGUCAGGAAGAAGCUCCACUAGGGGAUGUGAGAAAGGUGCCUGUGAACCCAACGAGCAGCAGUGAAGUGAACAAGAUCAAAGUUAACCACAAAUUACAACCUCCCCCUCGACCACCCCCGCCUCGCUUGAUGCCACGCCGGCGACCCGCUCCACCUCCACCAGGACACCCCACGCCUGUCACCAAACCCAAAAGCAUGCCAGUGGCUGUCUCUGUGGCUCCAAGGCAGCAGCAGCAGGCCCCCACGAGGCGUCCGGCCCCACCUCGACCAACAAUGGGCGCCAAAUACAGCAGCCCAUCCAAAAGUGGCAACUCACCAAUCUCUGUGCCCCCAAACCUACCCCCUCAGAGAUCUAAUAAGCCUGAUCCAGAAGCCCAACGGUGCCACAUUGCCCUUGAUGAUGAGACCAUCGCUCAGGCCUUGUCUCGAGCCAAGAUACCACCUUCCAUCCCUGAUGGUGUUCCACAGGAGGACAACAGUGGGAGUCCAGCCAUCCGGAAGGAGAGAGGGCUUCAACGCCUUAGUGACAUGAGUGUGUCGACGUCUUCCUCAGAUUCACUGGAAUAUUCCCAGUCACCUGGAUUCAUGGUAGAGGACUCCAGCGAGGAGGAGGAGGAUGAUGACGACGACGACGGGGAAGAGGAAGUAGAGGAGGAUUAUGGGGUGGGCUUAGAGACUGACUUAGAAAUGCGUUUGCGUCCAUCCUUCAAAUCUCGAAGGCGCAGGGUAGGUGUGAGCCUGAGUGGGGGAUCAUUUAUUCUGCCCCGCGCCUUGAAGGGACGCUUCCGCAAGGUGAGCGGCAUGCUCACCUCCCUGAUGACCCCAGAGAAACGUGCGGUAAAAAAGAUAGCUGAGCUGUCCAGGGACAAAAGCUCGUAUUUUGGCUCCCUGGUCCAGGACUACAUCGGCUUUGUUCAGGAGAAUCGUGGCUGUCACACAUCAGGGAUUGAUUUUCUGCAGACGCUCAGGCAGUUUAUGACACAGAUGAAAGCGUACCUGUGCCAAAGCUCUGAGUUGGACCCUCCGAUAGAGUCCCUCAUCCCCGAACAUCUGAUCGAUCAAGUGCUGGAAAAGUCCAUGCACAAGUGUGUGUUGAAGCCUCUGAAAAGUGUCAUUGAUGUGGCGUUACAUGACUUCCAGGUGAACAGUGGAGAAUGGCAGCAGAUGAAGGAGAACCUGGCUCUGGCAAAGACCAAGAGGCCCCAGGAGCUGGGCGUGGAUGGUGCCGUGCCCCCUGACCCCGUGGCUAUUAAAAGGAUUUGCCAUAAGUUCCUUACCAUGAGGAAGAUGUACUCACCUGAGAAAAAGGUGUCACUGCUGUUACGCGUGUGCAAGCUCAUCUACACCAUCAUGCAGGACAACUCGGGAAGGAUGUACGGUGCUGAUGACUUCCUGCCCAUGUUGACCUACGUGGUGGCGCAGUGUGACAUGCCUCAGCUGGACGCGGACAUCCAAUACAUGAUGGAGCUGCUGGAUCCAUAUCUGCUUCAAGGAGAAGGGGGAUACUACCUGACCAGUGCCUACGGCGCCAUGGCCCUCAUUAAGAACUUCCAGGAAGAGCAAGCAGCAAGGGUGCUGAGCUCUGAGACCAGAAACACGCUACACCAGUGGCACCGCCGCCGCACAGCGCAGCGUUCUGCUCCGACUGUAGACGACUUUCAGAACUACCUCCGUGUGGCCCUCCAAGAGGUGGACAUGGACUGCACGGCUAAAACCUUGAUGGUCCAUCCUUACACCACCACGGAGGAGGUCUGCUCCCUCUGUGCUUCCAAAUUAAAGGUCCCGCAGCCCGACAACUACGCACUCUUCCUGGUGACGGAUGACACCAGCCAGCAACUGGCCCCUGACACGCACCCUCAACAAAUCAAAGCUGAGCUGCACAGUCGACCCCUAGCGAAGACUUUCCAUUUUGUCUACAAAAGACUCCCUUAUGGAAAUCUUUGCAUCUCCGAUGUAACACAUCAUGGAUGAUUGACAAGAAUCACUUGAUGACGUUGGACUGCAUUUGAAGAGGAUGUGCCAAGUUGGAGGUUGGAAUCUGCAAAGUGAGAGGAUAAUUAUGGCAAUUGUUGAUAUGUUAAUAAUGAUAAAAUGAUAAGUGAUAAAUGAUGAUGACUUAAACGAUAAGUCAUAUCAUAGGUGAUGUGCAUGGUGUGAUGUGAAGAUGGUUAGUGCUAUGAGUCUACAUGGAGGAGAAAGCUUUUUGGGUUUAGCAGCGUAACUUUUUAUGUCAUGAACCUUUGCCUUGACUGCUGUAAUCCUAAUUGGCCUGCUAUUGGAAUUGUAAACUACUGUUUUCUGCUGUCAUAUUCUACAGAGUGACGAGCUAGCUUACGUAUAUUGUAUCAACAUGAACCACAUAAAACACAAUCACGUAGACUGAGGUAUUAUACCUAUAAUGUAUUUUUCGGCAAUUGCUGGUCAAUUGCAACUUGCAUUUCUAUGGAUAAAUAUUUUUUAUAUUCAAUUGUUCUUUCUACGUACAUCUCUAAAGGGGUGAAAAUGUGUGUUCCAAGUUAACAUUUCUGCACUGUAGAUAAUACUGAUCUGAGUUUUUUAUUUUUACAACUACAGUAAUCCCUCGCCAUUUUGUGCUUUGAAUUUCGUGGCUGCAUUCUAUUACGAUUUACUAAUACCACACUCAUAUAUUCUAGCUGAUUCCUGGUUGAAUACAGCCUUUUAUUUGUUUAGAUUUUGAAGCUAAUUUCACAUGUUUUCUGUCUAGAGCAAAAGCAUUUCCAAGCAUAAAAAGGCUAAACUAUAUGAAAUACAAAUAGAAGGCAUUUAGAAAACGCAUUGUGAUUAUAUGGAGUAAUCUACACUGGUCACUAGGCGUCAUUAAUGUUACUGUAAUGUUGGAUGAGACAAACAAGCACCAGACCUACGGCAGGUUUGAAUGAUCUCACAACAACCACAUAAUCCCAAACACAGGCUGCUGUUGCGGCAAUAACCCACGGCAAGCUAAAACUAAACUCCAGACGCCACUUCCUGUCCACCCAUCACUCAACUCCCCACCCAUUUACAGCAAUACACGAGCAUGAGUCUUUCUCCAUUACUAAAUGUGACUAUAGGGGUGUUAUUUAAUGUCAAGAAGGCUCUAAUUUGUUUAUUUCUUUCGGCUUUUUCUAAUGUUUUUACCAAAUGUAUUCACAAGGUCAUAAGCAAGUUUUCUAUGCUCUAAGUACAAAAAUAUUUCAUUUAUAAAUAAGGAAUCCUACUUAGCAGAAAUUCACUUAUCACGGUCUGGUCUGGAACCACUUAACCGCGAUAAACAAGAGAUUACUGAGGUUCUCAAAGGGUGAUACAUUUCAAUUCAAGGAUGCUAUUUUCAUUAUACUAUGGAAGUAUUUAGGAAACCACAAAAAUGCUUAUUACAGCACAGAACUACUUGUAAUAUCCAAGUAAUUAUUGUGUUUUGCAAAUAAACACCAAAUGUCUGAAUUCAAGUUGUCAAGUAACGUGAUGUUACUUUUGAAAAUGUACAAACACAGUCCGUUCUUAGAAAACAUGUUUUCAAUAAACGUGCUCUUAAACAAGCCGACACGUUUAAACGUAGAGUUGGUUCAACACAAUAACCUAUUUAAUCGCUAGUGUAUUUGUUUUCUUUUUACCAGAAUUAUGAAUAUUACACAUGUUAUGCAUUAUAUUUAUGAGUUGACGGAAAAGAUGGGGAACAUCACACCUUGGUUUUGUCAACAUAAAGAUUGACAAAGCAAAACGUUCCAUGUCUGCCUGUGAAUUUUUUCAUUUCAUUUUUUGUGUAAACAUUGGGUGGUGUUUUCCUGAGCUCACAAAACAAUAUUUAGUGGGAAACCCCGGUGGGUGUGGAACAUGCUUGUUGAAGCCUCCAGUGUCCUUUUGAGGAGCACUUGUGUGGCCGACUAAAGUGCGUGGUUACGUCAGACGUUCCUACGGACUGUUGUCAUGGGAACUGUCAAACAGAGAGGCAUAUGUCGCGUUUAAUUUCAGGGUACGUAAAAAAGGACCCAAACUUUUUUUUCAGGGGGUGAACGUUUUUCUUUCCAUGUCAAAAUAUUCUCCAGCCAGUGGCGCCUCCUAUGUUGUUUCCUACCACGUGACACUCCAAACUAAAGAAAAACGCAUGCGCAUAACUCCAUCAUCUUCCGCCUUGGGAGACUGGCAAAAACAAUAUCUGAGGAGAAUGGGGUGGGUCAUGUCAGUGGAAAUAUUGAGAUCGCACAUGCCAAGAUCACUUUUGUUCACCAGGCGGGGGUGGGUUGAUGACGCCAUCAUUCCGAGUACCACUUCCUGUUUGUGAUGUAAGGCGGAAAUGUGGGCGCUUGUGUGAUCCUUAAAGCGGCACUGUGUUUGGUACCUCUAAAGUUGUUGGAAGUGAAAAGCUGAAAAAAACGUUUGCUCCAUGAUGAUUUAAUAGCAGUUUGUGCGUGUACAUUUUCCCCCACAAAGUUGCCCCAAGGUUGCAGAAUUUCAUCAGUUGAGAGUAAAUGAGUUGACACUGCAUUUGAAUUUUUUUACGAUAAAGAAAAGUCAUGCACCAAGGUGAAACAGCAAAAAUGAUCACUAAAUUAAAAAAAAAGUUUGAGAAAAAUGUACAAAAUUGACAGAAGAUAGCAUAAGCAUUAAAUAAAUUAAAGGAGAGAACACAAUCAUUAAGAUUUUAUGCCCAACAGCAAAAUUAUCUUUGGAUUAAAAACAACUAAAGAAAUGUCAAACGUCUCAAGUCAAUCGAAGAAAUAAAAAUGAACCUUUUUUUCAAAUUUUCCAAUAAUCUGUUAAGAAAAUAACCGCUUUGGAGAUGAGUGACGAUGUACCACAAAAGCAAGGCACCAAUAUCCUGUAUGUACAGCACGACUCAAGCAAACACAUUAAACACAAAUACUUCUCAAUUCUCCUCCUAACUCGGCAUUCUUUCUCUCAAAAACAUUUGGAUAUGACAGCCUCUUCAUGCACAAUACCUUCAAAAAUGGACAUACACUCUCGGUCCUUGGGUCACCGAGCAGUCUGGGACACUAAGGCCUUCUCUGCUGGCCAGAAACCAGAAACCA